GGGACUUUCUUUCUAUACUUCUUUGCUAUAGAGGAUUAGAAGUAAAACAGAUGUUAUCUUAGAAGUGUGAUUAAAAAGGAAAUAAAAACAGAACAUUGCAUUUUGGGGUAGGACAGACCCACAGGAAGCUUCAAACUAGUUAGAAGACAUCAUUUUUUCUGUACCUCGUCAGUUGCUGUAUCUUUGGAGAAGGAUGCUGUCGGAAGGUUACCUGCAUAGAAUCACCUACCUUUGGGAAGACCUGAACCCUGCGCUCUACGAGAGUUUGCCUGAUGAAGGGGUGUAUGAAAUGAGCUCCAUUAAUUAUUCUUCCACAGGAGAAGCACAAAGAAAAAGCCUCCUUCAGAGAUGCAGAUCUGCUGGCAAGUGCAUUUCCUCAGUCUGCUCCCGAGGCAGCAAGCACAGCAGAAGGCAGAAGGAUAAUCUCCCACAACCUGUCCAGCACCCAACACCCACAGGGCAGCCACCUCCAGCUACGCAUGUCUGUGAGGAGCUGACAAAAAAGGUCACCUACCUGGUUCCACCUUCCUGCAAGAGCAUUUGCAAGAACUACAACGACCUGCAUAUAGCUGGGGACUACGUGGUGCCGAUUAGCUCGGUCACCACAGAUUUCGCUUGUGACAGCGGCAUAGGCCCCUUCUUGGAGUCCUCAGAGAUUCCUCCCGCCAUGGAGUCUGUGAAGGCUCCCCCCACGAGUGACACCACGCGCAGGCCGGGCCAGGGCCACUCGUCCUGCUGGCGGCUGGCCAGCCUCGGGCCCCACCAGCAGCCCCUCUCCGACUCUGCCCUCAACGACUACCUGGAGCAGAAGCUGCUGGAGCUGUACAAGCAGUACAUCAUGGACAGCACAGCAAACAGGGCAUCCCCCACCCAGAUCCUGGCCUCGGAGCUAAUCAUGACCAAUGUGGAUCAAAUCAGCAUGCAGAUAUCACGGGAGAGGAACAUGGAGACUGUCAAGGCCAAAGACAUUGUCAUUAGCCGCUUCUUACAAAUAGCCAGUGGGAAAAUUUCCUCAGAAAUGAGCACACCUACUCUGCAUAUUUCCCAAUAUAGUCACAUUAAUGCUUAGUGUUUGAAUGUUAGAAAGUGUUUAUGUUCUUCAAAGUCGGUUUUUAGUUUAAGAUACUUUCUGCUUAAUAAAAAUGCCCUUACCACCCACCACUUAAAUAAAACUUCCAGUACAUAUUAAGUAAAACUACCUGUACUUCUGUGCUGCACAGCUCCUAUUGUGGACCAGUAAGUUAUAUUUUUUUUAAAGUUUUUUUUAAUGAACCUCAGACAUUAAAAAAGUUUCACAGAAAAAAUGAC